AUGCCACGCCAAGCCACCGCCAACCGCGAGGACUUCGCCAAAUAUACCAAGAACGGCACGAUCAAGAUCAUAAUCGGCAGCUCCGCCUUUCCGCAAAACGCCGACCAACCACCCCAAAAAGCACAUGUCUUCCACAUCUACCGCGACCUCCUCACCAGUACCUCCCCUUACUUCCGCGACAAGCUCAACACCGCCGACAACGACCCUCAGGCCCGACCACAACCACAACCUCAUCCUCACCGAGCUCAUGUCGCCAACGACAACGGCCCAUUGUUCGUCCCCCAAGACACUCCGGAAGUCACUGAGCCAGACGUCCUCCGCGAGCCCACCCUCGACCUCAUCCCAUUCACCUGGUUCAUCAACUGGAUCUACAACAAAUCCCUCAACCCCCUAGUGCGCGAUCCGGUCGUGACAGUCGACACCUACCUCAUGGCACACGAGCUCGGAUCGGAGCGCUUCCGCAACGACAUCGUCGAUGCCCUCCGCUCGCAUCACGCCCGUCGUCCGGAUGACCAGUUGGGCUUGAGGGCCUUGUUGAAGCUCGCUGAUCGCAUGCCCCCUGAGAAUAAGGCAAAUGAGGGCAAGAACAAGCUUCUUGAAUUCCUGGUCGCGCAGAUGACGUACAAGGUUAUCACACGCGGCUGGGAAGCUGGAGGAUUCGCAGGCAAUGGACUGGUCAAGCAGCUGUUCGGUAGGCACAGAGAGGUCGUCAUGUGGCAUUGCGACGCUCUGUGGGAGAUGUUGGGCGAGUCAGGGGUCAGUGAGGCUAUGGGAUGUUUGGGAAGGGACGAGAGGGUGGUGAAGAUGGAGGCCAAUGGUCAUCUUGAUGAGGACGAGGAUCGUAAGAUGAAUGUCAAGAGGCCGGCGCUGUGCUUGCCUUGCAACCCGGCGGAGAAGGAAGGGUGUGCGUUUCAUGAGCACAAAUCCAGGGAGAGUCGGUGUGGGAAUGCGAUGCUGAUUGACUGA